AUGGUUCUGAUAUCAGAAAGAAACAGGAAAACGCCUGGACCAGUGGUUCUGUUAUCAGAAAGAAACAGGAAAACGCCUGGCCCAAUGGUUCUGAUAUCAGAAAAGAAAGAAAAGAAACAGGAAAACGCCUCGCCUAGUGGUUCUGAUAUCAGAAAGAAACAGGAAAACGCCUGGUCCAGUGGUUCUGAUAUCAGAAAGAAACAGGAAAACGCCUGGACCAAUGGUUCUGAUAUCAGAAAGAAACAGGAAAACGCCUGGACCAAUGGUUCUGAUAUCAUAAAGAAACAGGAAAACGCCUCGCCUAGUGGUUCUGAUAUCAGAAAGAAACAGGAAAACGCCUGGCCUAGUGGUUUUGAUAUCAGAAAGAAACAGGAAAACGCCUGGCCUAGUGGUUCUGAUAUCAGAAAGAAACAGGAAAACGCCUCGCCUAGUGUUUCUGUUAUCAGAAAGAAACAGGAAAACGCCUGGUCCAGUGGUUCUGAUAUCAGAAAGAAACAGGAAAACGCCUGGCCCAAUGGUUCUGAUAUCAGAAAGAAACAGGAAAACGCCUGGACCAGUGGUUCUAAACAGGAAAACGCCUGGCCCAAUGGUUCUGAUAUCAGAAAGAAACAGGAAAACGCCUGGACCAAUGGUUCUGUUAUCAGAAAGAAACAGGAAAACGCCUGGCCCAAUGGUUCUGAUAUCAGAAAGAAACAGGAAAACGCCUGGACCAGUGGUUCUGUUAUCAGAAAGAAACAGGAAAACGCCUGGCCCAAUGGUUCUGAUAUCAGAAAGAAACAGGAAAACGCCUCGCCUAGUGGUUCUGAUAUCAGAAAGAAACAGGAAAACGCCUGGACCAAUGGUUCUGAUAUCAGAAAGAAACAGGAAAACGCCUGGACCAAUGGUUCUGAUAUCAGAAAGAAACAGGAAAACGCCUCGCCUAGUGGUUCUGAUAUCAGAAAGAAACAGGAAAACGCCUGGCCCAAUGGUUCUGAUAUCAGAAAGAAACAGGAAAACGCCUGGACCAGUGGUUCUAAACAGGAAAACGCCUCGCCUAGUGGUUCUGAUAUCAGAAAGAAACAGGAAAACGCCUCGCCUAGUGGUUCUGAUAUCAGAAAGAAACAGGAAAACGCCUCGCCUAGUGGUUCUGAUAUCAGAAAGAAACAGGAAAACGCCUGGCCCAAUGGUUCUGAUAUCAGAAAGAAACAGGAAAACGCCUCGCCUAGUGGUUCUGAUAUCAGAAAGAAACAGGAAAACGCCUGGUCCAGUGGUUCUGAUAUCAGAAAGAAACAGGAAAACGCCUGGACCAAUGGUUCUGAUAUCAGAAAGAAACAGGAAAACGCCUGGACCAAUGGUUCUGAUAUCAGAAAGAAACAGGAAAACGCCUCGCCUAGUGGUUCUGAUAUCAGAAAGAAACAGGAAAACGCCUCGCCUAGUGGUUUUGAUAUCAGAAAGAAACAGGAAAACGCCUGGCCUAGUGGUUCUGAUAUCAGAAAGAAACAGGAAAACGCCUCGCCUAGUGUUUCUAAACAGGAAAACGCCUCGCCUAGUGGUUCUGAUAUCAGAAAGAAACAGGAAAACGCCUCGCCUAGUGGUUCUGAUAUCAGAAAGAAACAGGAAAACGCCUCGCCUAGUGGUUCUGAUAUCAGAAAGAAACAGGAAAACGCCUGGCCCAAUGGUUCUGAUAUCAGAAAGAAACAGGAAAACGCCUCGCCUAGUGGUUCUGAUAUCAGAAAGAAACAGGAAAACGCCUGGUCCAGUGGUUCUGAUAUCAGAAAGAAACAGGAAAACGCCUGGACCAAUGGUUCUGAUAUCAGAAAGAAACAGGAAAACGCCUGGACCAAUGGUUCUGAUAUCAGAAAGAAACAGGAAAACGCCUCGCCUAGUGGUUCUGAUAUCAGAAAGAAACAGGAAAACGCCUCGCCUAGUGGUUUUGAUAUCAGAAAGAAACAGGAAAACGCCUGGCCUAGUGGUUCUGAUAUCAGAAAGAAACAGGAAAACGCCUCGCCUAGUGUUUCUGUUAUCAGAAAGAAACAGGAAAACGCCUGGUCCAGUGGUUCUGAUAUCAGAAAGAAACAGGAAAACGCCUGGACCAGUGGUUCUGUGGUGGGCCAUACAAGACGGUUACAUAAAUCAGGCGAGUAUUCAGCUCACUGGCGAAUUCGACACAAUUCUCUCCCACAGAGACUGUCAGAGUUAUCGUUCUUGACGGUUGAUUGA